AUGUGCGCAGUUCUGUGGCUGCUGUCGCGGCCGUGCCAGGCGCAGUAUCCGGACGCGCUCAACGGAGCCAAGCUGACGACGGUGCGGUCGCCGCAGGACGCAGCUAUCAGCAUUGCAUACACGCGGCCUCUGGGGGCGUGCACGACAGCCUUGGACAGCCAGGAGCAGCUGGCCGGCUGGGUGACAGUGGCGGCCGACGCCGACCGCCCGUACGCGUCGCACACGUUCUUCUGGUUCGUGGGCGCGCGCGAGCCGACCGCCGCGCUGACCAUGUAUCUCAACGGCGGGCCCGGAUCGAGCUCCCUGUUCGGGCUCUUUGCCGAGACGGGUCCGUGUGCCAUCGUGGAGACGAGCGCGGCCGGUCUGGGCACGGUGGCGCGCGCGUGGGGAUGGGACCGGGCGUCCAACAUGCUCUUCGUCGACCAGCCGGCCCAGGUCGGGCUCUCGUUCGACGCGCUCGUCAACGGGACGCUGGAUCGCUAUAGCAACAACAUCACGGUCGGAACCACGACCGACAGCAGCGAUCCCAUGCUGCUCAGAGGCACCUUUGCGUCGCAAGACCCCGGCCGCACGGCCAACACCACCGCGCUGGCCGCCCACGCCGUCUACCACCUGCUGCAGGCCUUUCUGGCCGAGUUUCCGCGCUACAGCCCGCCCAAAGGCUCCUCGCUGGGCGUCAACCUGUUUGCCGAGAGCUACGGCGGCCACUACGGGCCGGUGUUUGCGGCGCAGUGGCAGGCCGAGAAUGCGAAGAGUGGUGGUCAUGGUGGAAACAGUGAAAAUAGCACCAACACAACCUCCACCUCCACCAAUACAACCCUCCACAUUCACCUCGCCGCUCUCGGUCUCAUCAACGGCUGCGUCGAUGACCUCAUCCAGGGCCCGCACUACGCCGCCAUGCUGGUCAACAACUCGUACGGCUUCCACGUCGUGCCGCCGCUGCAGGCAGCUCUCGUCAAUGCCAGCUUCUAUGCCAGCGGCGGCUGUGGCGACCAGAUUGCCGCUUGUCGUGCUGCUGUUGCCCGCAGCGACCCCGACGACGACGGCAGCUCGGCUGCGGCCAACAGCGCCUGCGCACUCGCUCAGAACACGUGUGCCGCCCAGAUGAUCGACCCCUACGGCGCGGCCGGCCGCUCGGUCUACGACCUGGCCCACGCGCUGCCCGACAGCUUUCCGCCUGCCUACUACGUCGACUACCUCAACAGCGACGCGGUACAGAAGGCUCUCGGGGCGCCGCUCAAUUUCACGGCCGCCAGUAGCGCCGUCUCUGCCGCCUUUGCCGCCACCGGCGAUCUCGAGCGGGCCUCCGAUACCAUCACCGACUUGGCCGCCCUUUUGCAGGCUGGCGUUCGUGUCGGUCUCAUCUACGGCGACCGCGACUACAUCUGCAACUGGCUCGGCGGCGAGGCCGUCAGCUUAGCCGUCGCCCGCGCCGCCGCCGGCUCCUAUGCCGACCGCUUUCCGCGUGCCGGCUACGCCCCCAUCAUCGUCAACGACUCCUACAUUGGCGGCGCCGUCCGCCAGUUUGCCAACCUCAGCUUCAGCCGCAUCUACCAGGCCGGCCACUUUGUGCCCGCCAGCCAGCCCGAGACCGCCUUCGAGGUCUUUGCCCGCAUCAUUUACGGCACCGACAUCGGCACCGGCGAACCCGUCGAUCUCGCCGUCUUUAAUUCCUCCGGUCCUCUUCACGCGGCCAGCUCCCUCUCGCUGCCCUCCAGCCCAGCUCCCACCUGCUUUCUUGGCAACGCUCCCGACUCCUGCGCCGACGACCAGCUCGCCAGCCUUCAUAGCCAAAGUGGCGUCGUCAUCAACGGCAUCUGGUAUGCCGCCAAGAGCGAUUGGCCCGGCCCUGCUUCCGGCCUCGUCGCUGCCGCUGACGCCUCCUCUCAUCGAAACCCGUCCUCCUCUCCUGGUCACACCACCAUGCUUCGCGGCUCCGCUACUGCUGACGCUGCCCGAGCCUCUCUCACCGGCAUCUACACUGCCACUGCUACACCCGCCGCCGCCGAGCCCUUCUGCGCCCUCACACCGGCACCCUGGUCUGUCACCGCCCUGGCCCUUGCUGUCGGCCUCUUUUCCUGCCUCGGGGCGGAGCUUCUCACCCUGCGGCUGGUCUAG